AUGGCCGAGGCGGUAGGUCUCGCCGCAAGCGUCAUCGCUAUCAUCGACCUGUCCGCGAAGGUCGCGAAGCUCUGUUCCGACUACUCCACCGCCGUCAGAAGCGCUAGGGACGACAUCACACGCUUCCAGAGUCAGCUGGGCAACCUAGGCGAAUACCUCAAAGAAGCUCGGCGUCUUCUUGACGACCCGAAUAGUCAAUCGCUUACGACGUCGCGAAGAUUGGUUGACUCUCUCGAUGGCUGUACGUCAGAGUUGGUCCAAGUGCAGACCAGGCUGGAUCCAGGCAAGGCCCGCAAGACGAUGCGCCGUUUCGGACUACGUGCCCUCAGGUGGCCAUUCGAUAGCAAGGAGGUUAACGGGAUCAUUGCUAACCUAGAACGCUACAACCAAACCAUCAUGCGGUGUCUACAAAUCGACCAGACUACAAUCUUGCUCAACAUACAGCAGAAGUUCGAAGGCGUCUCACUCCAACCGCGCAAAGAUAAACCAAUUGCUCGCAAACCCUACUUCUGCGUCCCGUUCGACCGAGACCCUGACUUCAUCGAUCGGCCGGAUAUUCUUACAUGGCUAGAGGGACAAUACACAGGCUCCGCCAGUCGCAUGGCUCUCGUGGGUAUGGGCGGGUUCGGCAAAUCACAGGUUGCCAUCCAAUUCGCGCAUCACAUCCACGACAAAUCACCACAGACCAGCGUCUUCUGGGUUCACGCGAGUUCGAAGCCGAGAUUUGAAGAGGCCUACCGGUUUAUUGCACAAAGGCUAGAGUUGCCGAGGCGAAAUGAUCCCGACAUCGACGUUCUUGGGCUCGUCCGUGACUGGCUGCAGACCGAGGAAGCUGGCUCGUGGUUGAUGGUCUUGGACAAUGUUGAUGAUGUCAACCUCUGUCAUCCCAGCGCCAAUGCCAGCGGGAACAAGGCAGCAAACCAACCAACGGACGAGAAUGCUAUUGCAAGUAGCGAUCAGCGGCCGCUCGCAGCAUAUCUGCCAAAGUGCCGCAGUGGAACCAUCCUCGUCACAUCACGCAGCAUGGACGCUGCUGAAAAGCUGACAAGUAGCCAGAAGGCUAUCUACCGGAUCUCAACCAUGGAUGACACCCAAGGCCUUCAGCUUUUCCGGAACAAGCUCAACGGAGACUUUGACAGGGAUACCGCUGCUGACCUUCUCCGGGCUCUGGACUGUAUCCCGCUGGCCAUCACCCAAGCAGCGGCGUACAUCAACCGUCGCGCCCCCCGCGCAUCAGUAAAAACAUAUCUCGAUGCCUUCCGGGAGAGCGACAAGAAGAAGGGUAGCCUCCUCAAUAGAGACGCGGGGGAUCUUCGACGAGACGAGACCGUCUCUAACUCCGUGGUUACGACAUGGCAAGUCACUUUUGACCAGAUAAACCGCGAGAGACCAUCUGCGGCGAAACUGCUUUCCUUCAUGAGCUUCUUCAAUCCGCAGGGUAUUCCUGAGUUUGUGCUUCACGACUAUAGCACCGAUCUGACGGACAAUGUGGACAGAGAUGCAGACAGUGACGACUUUGAGGAUGAUCUUGAUGUCCUCCGUGGCUACUCGCUCGUAUCUGUGACAGCAGCACAAGAUGUGUGUGAGGUGCAUUCCCUAGUACAGUUUUGUACACGAGCUUGGAUAUCUAUGGACGAUGCGGAACGAUGGAGACAGGUGUUCUUGCGGUCCAUGUCCAGACAUUUCCCAAGUGGUGCCUUCGAGACAUGGCCAACUUGCCAGUUAUUGCUUCCUCAUAUCGAGUCUGUAUUGGAGGAGAAGCCUCCAGAUGAGGACCUGCAGAACUGGGCCUGUUUGCUGACAAGUUGUGCUUAUUAUAUGUUGACUGUCGGCAACUACACAGCGGCAGAAAAAUUAGGCAGAAAAGCAGUCGAAAUAAGGGCCAAGGUGCUGGGGGAGGAGCAUCCCUCAACGCUGGCGAGCAUGGCCAACCUGGCGUCGACAUUCUGGAACCAAGGUCGAUGGAAGGAGGCGGAAGAGCUAGAAGCUCAAGAAUUAGAGAUUUGCUCAAGAGUGCUAGGAGAGGAACAUCCCGAUACGCUGGCGAGCAUGGCCAACCUGGCGUCGACAUUCAGGAAGCAAGGUCGAUGGAAGGAGGCGGAAGAGCUACAAGCUCAAGAAUUAGAGAUUUGCUCGAGAGUGCUAGGAGAGGAGCAUCCCUCAACGCUGACGAGCAUGGCCAACCUAGCGUCGACAUUCUCGAACCAAGGUCGAUGGAAGGAGGCGGAAGAGCUAGAGGUGGGAGUGAUGGAGACGAGGAAGAGAGUGCUAGGAGAGGAGCAUCCCGAUACGCUGACGAGCAUGGCCAACCUGGCGUCGACAUUCAUGAGCCAAGGUCGAUGGAAGGAGGCGGAAAAGCUACAGGUGGGAGUGGUAGAGACGAUGCAGAGAGUGCUAGGAGAGGAGCAUCCCGAUACGCUGACGAGCAUGGCCAACCUAGCGUCGACAUUCUCGAACCAAGGUCGAUGGAAGGAGGCGGAAGAGCUAGGGGUGGGAGUGAUGGAGACGAGGAAGAGAGUGCUAGGAGAGGAGCAUCCCGAUACGCUGAUGAGCAUGAAUAAUCUGGCGUUGACAUUCUGGAACCAAGGUCGAUGGAAGGAGGCGGAAGAGCUAGGGGUGGGAGUGAUGGAGACGAGGAAGAGAGUGCUAGGAGAGGAGCAUCCCGAUACGCUGACGAGCAUGAAUAAUCUGGCGUCGACAUUCUCGAACCAAGGUCGAUGGAAGGAGGCAGAAGAGCUAGAGGUGGGAGUGAUAGAGACGACGAAGAGAGUGCUAGGAGAGGAGCAUCCCGAUACGCUGAUGAGCAUGGCCAACCUAGCGUCGACAUUCUCGAACCAAGGUCGAUGGAAGGAGGCGGAAGAGCUAGAGGUGGGAGUGAUGGAGACGAGGAAGAGAGUGCUAGGAGAGGAGCAUCCCGAUACGCUGACGAGCAUGAAUAAUCUGGCGUCGACAUUCUUAGACCAAGGUCGAUGGAAGGAGGCGGAAGAGCUACAGGUGGGAGUGAUAGAGACGAGGAAGAGGGUGCUAGGAGAGGAGCAUCCCUCGACGCUGACGAGCAUGGCCAACCUGGCUAUUACAUGGAAAUACCAAGACCGCACCAGAGAUGCUUUAGCCCUGAUGCGAAGCUGCGUUCUCCUACAAGAGCGAGUGCUUGGUAUAGACCAUCCUCACACAGCGUCAUCGGUGGCAGUUCUUGCUCAGUGGGAGAACAUGAGUGACUUAUCCAGAGAGGCAUAA